GGCAAUGCUCCUGACGGCAGGGCGCAGUACCGGGCUGCGAUGGACAGUGGUGAGUUGCCGUUUGGCGCACUGUGUCGGUCUCCGGCGGGGCGUUUGGAUGACACAUUGAUAGUCUGCGCAAUGUAUGCGUGUACCUGGUUUAACCUGAAGGGUAAAUUGUGUAAAUGGCCCCAAAUACUUUAAUGCUGAAAGCUUGCCAAAGAAAUCUGUUUCUGUCGUGAAUUUCAAAUAGUAUGAAGUUAUGUGCGAGAUUUUUGUUUUGUGUCUCACCUUGCUCCUGGAGCAGUCACAAGUUCAGAAGCCCGCGCAUUUCGUGAAGUAAACUUCAGCUGUGGGAAGAACUGUCUUCUGUAUGUUGUGCAAGUUUCAUUCGCAAUUCUACAGUCACUCAUCGAAGGGGUGGUUUUCAGGACAUUCUUACACACCAGUAUAAUGUAAUGCGCGGAUAAACGCGACGUUAGAUAACCUAUGUUAAGAACAAAUCAAUUCAAAUUAAGUUCAUCUUAUCUGUAAUUGGUUUGAUGCAACACACUAAAGAGUACCAACUAGCAGAAAGUGGCCCUUCUGGUUACAAAGAUUUCUUAAGUCAAUGAAAAGUAUUCCAUGAAGUGCUUGCUGAUAUUUUCACGUUCAGUGGAUUAAUGUAGGAGGAAGCACUUCUGAUUAUAUCGUGUUUAGAAUGAACGAAGAAAAUAUGUUAAGGCUAUAAUUAUGCAAGUGUCAUUUUCAGUACUAAUGGGUUCAUAAUGACAACGAUGGUACUGAACUGUUCAUUGUUUGCAGUGGAUACUAUUUCAUACAUAAGCAACAGUUAGUGUUAUUAGAAGGGCCUGCACUAUUGUCUCGAACAGACAGAGUAACCGCACGUAAUUUUAAUUCUCAAAGUAGUAGUAUGCAGUAUGUUCAGUGGUGUUGUAUUUAACAUUAAUAUAAUUAGAUGUCACCACCAUAAUUAUCAUCGUUAGAAUCUGUUUCGUUGGAUCACGGAAACACCGGUUUUACAUAAUUCAUCUUCAGUACUUAUGUAACAAGUGAAUACCAGUCUUCAGUUGGCACCACGAGUUUAUCCUCGUUGCUUUCCUACAUUUUCGGUGCAAAUCGAGCAAGUGAGUGGAGAACGGCAGUGUGUACGGGUGGAACGUAUUGUUGGAACGGCACCGAAAUUAACAAGUACUAAGAACGCGACGUUCGUCGAGCUUCCCUGCAACUCAAGCUGAUGGCUCUUGAAACGAAAACUCAGUUAGGCGGAAUUGAUCGAUCCUACGUCAUAACAACAAACCUGUGAAGAGAUCUGUCGAGUGAUCGUGCUGACUUCAUGAAGAGCGCCCGUCAGUGUUGCACGAGAGGACGCCGCGACGCUGGCCGCUAGCCGGUGCAGACGAACCUCGCCGCGGGCUCCAGAAGGCGGACAGGAGCCCCGAUGCUCCGGCCUGCAAGAUGACGAUGUGUGACCAAGACGAUCAGGAGGAGGCCGAGGAGCAUGGCUGCUGCAUCAGGGCCCUGGAUACUAACGUUCCUGCUGCUGACUACGUCUGCAGCAACCCCGGACUGGACAGACUGUCCCUCCUCGUGUCAGUGUAAGUGGACAUCGGGCAAGAGGACGGCCCUGUGCCGAGAGGCAGGUUUCACCGCCAUACCGAACACUUUAAAUUCAGAAAUGCAGGUGCUGGACCUAGCGGGCAACGAUAUUCCAUAUCUCACCAAGGAUGCCUUCCGCUCCGUCGGUCUUAUCAAUCUGCAGCGUAUCUUCAUGCGCGGGACGGGUGUUCGUGAGAUACACAGGGACGCUUUUCGAGACCUCCGGAUACUCGUGGAGGUGGACUUAUCGGAUAACGCAGUGUCCAGUAUUCACCCGGACACAUUCAUGGGCAAUGAUCGCCUGCGUGUGCUUUACCUGAAUGGAAAUCCGCUGACAGAACUUCGCGAGAGACAGUUCCCGAGUCUGCCUCACCUCAGGACGCUGGACCUGCAAGACUGUCAACUGAAGCACAUACACACCGAUGCUUUUGUGCACGUGUCCAUGUUGGAAUCGCUCAACCUCAAGGGUAACCAGUUGCGUCAUUUGUCCGAGAAAGUGUUCCUGCCUAUACUGAACCUGAAGACCUUGAUACUGGACGGCAACCCGUGGACGUGUGACUGUGAUCUGCGUGGCUUCCGGAACUGGCUACUAGAAAGCAACCUGUACUCCAUCUCGCUGACGUGCUACGAAUCGGACGCUCUGACGGGCCGCUUCUGGGAGGAUGUGGCGCCAAGGGAAUUUGCGUGUGCUCCAGAGGUCGUUCUGAGUGAGACGAUGGUGCAGCAGGACGUGGGUGGCAAUGUGACGUUCCGGUGUUACGUUCGAGGUGACCCCGUACCCGAAGUGACGUGGCUCUUGAACGGGAGACCUCUCGGUGCGGGAAACUCCUCGUAUCCGGAGCAAGUGUUCGUUAUCGACGAGGAGGAGCAGAGUUCUCGCGAGAAGUGGACGAACCUGAGCGUGUACAACGUGACGGAGCAGGACGCCGGAGAAUAUUCGUGCGUGGCGCGGAAUACGCGCGGACUGGCGAGUCGCAACGUGUCGCUACUGCUACCGCAAGUGGUGACGGCCACCACGCUGAGUAAGGCCGAGUCGUGGCUGCUGUGGACUGGUAUUGUGGCGGGCGGAGUGGCUGCCCUGUGCUCCGCACUGCUCACCAUCGCGUGCAGCUGUUGCAUGUGUGGGCGGCAACGCAGGAGACGCAAGCGUCACCGCCGGAAAGCCAAGCUCAAGGGCAGCGUCAGCUUCACGGAGCAAGAGAAGAAGCUACUGGACGUGAGUAUAACGACGACUGAACGGCCGUCCGGCAGUUGUGAGGGCCUGGGGUCCCAGCCCGAUAUGGAGUUGCUGGAGCAGCCCCUUGAAUUGUGCGACCAGCCAGUUCACAUUACCAUCGAGAGCCAUACAUCAGAUCAGCCUACAGUAGGCGGCAUCCUGCCAGUGGCCGUGUUCCCUCCACCCCCAGAAUUCUCUACAAGCUUGCUCCCUGCUGGCGCGUUUGGCAAUAUCUUCAUCUCAGUGUCGGUGAGCCAGGAGCCGACCGCAGAGAGCCAACGAUACCCCGACCUGUUGGACAUCCCACACCGGUCCAAGACAGCCACAACCAGCGUGAGCGUCGCAGCGGGCCCUGACGCGCCCUACUGCCCCAGCAGCCCCACAUCAAGCGCUGUCACAUCUUACGCCACUCUGCCACGCAGACAUCUCAGAUCGACCAAAGAUAUCCCGUCCGUUGCAGUGGACCCGCAUUACGACAACAUGGGGCCGAGGGUAACAGCGGGAGGCAGUUCGACCCUGUCACUACCCGACACGGAUCUGAGCAUCGAGAGGCCUGGCUUUGCGCAAGAUAUCCCCCCACCCCCGCUACCGCCGCUGUGCACGCCUUUGCCUUCCGAGUACGUCGCUCUGUGAAGUGUCCACAGGUGCGAUGAUCAUAGUGACAUGACACAGCCCUCUGGCGUACCGGGUGAAAGCAAAGCAAAAGACAUCACGAAAUUUUCAUAAUCAGAAACUCACACACUUGUUUUCCUUUUGAAUCGUUCGGCCAUGCUCGCGUGUUUCUGCCACAAUAUAGGAUAAGUGAUAUGCAAGGUUAUCAAGAUUACGGUCUUCCGAGAUUUGAUGCCGUGUAGUCUGGCAGACAGGUAUCAACAUUUCGAACGAACCUGUUGCCUUGUACCCUGAGGAUGGAGGCAGCAGGUUCCUUCGAAAUGUUAACCAAUUAAACAGAGAUACACGGCUUCACAUCCCUGGAGACUAUGAUCACAGCAAGUUUAUUCCAUUAUGGUACUGACUCGUGGAAGUCGAUAAGUAUGUAAACAUUUUUACACUUCCUUUUAAUUUGUAGACGACGAUGAUAUAAUUAUGACGAAGACAUUCCUAAUUUCUUCUGCUGUCACGUAAAAUUACGGUUCGAGUAAUUGAAAUUAUGUGUUCGAAUACAUUUCCGGCACUACUGGCGAACAGACAGUGGCGGUGUAAGGAAAGAGUGUACAGACAAGUGACUGUAAAGUUAUAUUAAGAAUGAGUGCCUUUGCGCGAUAUCUGUCACCUCUUAAAGGAAGAAGGAAGGUAAAGUAGUUUAGUAGUCAUCAAAUUUAUCCUUUUGCUUUCCCGUUUUUAGUGCCAAAUGAGUUAAAAGUCACACAAUCACGAUUGGUCUGCAAAUCCAUCUAUCUUCAGGCCCAUUACUCGAAACGAAUGACAAACAACAAAACUGGAUUACACGAUAAAGGCAUCUUGUUCUGUUCACUGCUGAAAUGCACUGUACAUCCAGAUGACAUGAGGACCAUCUUGUGUCUCAUCUCGAAGGAUGGAAGUAUCGGACGUAAAAAAUCAGGUGAAUAAUAACUGAAGAACACAAGCGAAUAUCAAUUUAAUAGUGUAUACCUAUAAAAUUUCGUGAUUUACCUUAUUUCCAUACAGGACCAUCUAUGGAGAACUCUUACGAUGGACUGUGGGUGUUAAUUUAGGCUGUCGUUCCUAAAAAUAACAUAGACCUGUGUCACGAAACUGGUUAAAUUGUUUCUUCAGCGUUAAAUUGAAGUUCCAUGCACGCUUAAAAAUUGUGACACUUCCAAAGUGUUGACCGCAAUGGACUCAGCACUCGAGGCUAUGUAAACUGAAUCUCGAGAACAGAAGGAAGAAAUGUACGUUAAUAAAUCCUAAAUAAACUUAGGUUUUAUUGUUA